UGCGACUCGUCCGCGGACAAACAAACAACCCCGCCUUUCCCCUUUCCCGCGGAAAAAAGGAGAGAUCGAACGUCUCUGUUCUGUACAGAUCAGACUCACCUCUCUCUCUCUCUCCAUCACGGAGGCGCACACGCAAAGGCCAUGGAUGCCCCUACAAGGAUCGCCGUCCUGAGAAUUGCCUCUUCAUCUUCCUCGGGAUCUCACCUCUUUCUUUCUACCAACCGCACCAGCAGGAAUCUUCUCUGUCUACAUUCUUCAGAGAGGAGCAGCGCUUUCGCUUGCCCUAGGCUGCUUCCUUCUUCCCAAUUGAUCAACUCCGGGGGGGUCGGGAGUGUCCAUUCUGGGAGAAAUAAUGCUGACGAGUUCGCCGUCCCCACCACCAACAAGUGUUGCACCAAUUCUCAUUUACUAAUAGUUUGUCCGCGUAAUUUCAUCAAUCGCCACCGAUGCUUUGGUAAUUCAUCCUUGGCAUCUUGCUCGUCCCUGCCGUUUCCAAUCUCUAAUCGAGCCCCCUUCUUGUCGAAUUCCAUCAUCUUGCAUUCUUGGCAGCUUGGCAGAGCUACGAACUCCUCUGAAUCCGGUAUCGAUAAGAGGUACCAUGUUUGGCAUCGGGAGUUUGAGAUUAAACGCUCGGAUCGGCCGCUUGACCUCGCGGUGGUGUUGCUCGGAUGGCUGGGCGCUGAGCGAAAACAUUUGAAGAGGUACGCAGAGUGGUAUGCUUCCCGGGGAAUCCAGCCGAUCACUUUCGUCGUUCCUCUCAAAGAUUUGUUAGGCUUCGAUAUUGGUGAGAGGAUUGAGCAGCGGUUGUCGAUGUUAGCUGACGAACUGGUAGCUUGGUUGACUGAAAGGGCAGAGGAUGGGAAGGAAAGGGGAUUACUGGUUCAUACCUUCAGCAACACAGGGUGGUUCAGUUAUGGUGUCAUAUUGGAGAACCUUCAGUCCAAGGGUAACCUGACCGAGAAGAUAAAAGGAUGUGUUGUUGACUCUGGACCAGAACCAGAACUAAACCCAGUGGUCUGGGCAUCUGGAUUUUCUGCUGCAAUGUUGAAAAAGCGGAACAGCUUGACAAGCAUGCCUAAGUACGGUUCAGAAGACACGUCAGUUCAAGAUGCAGCUAAGUUGCAAGAAAGUGGGACUUCAAUUGCUGAGAUUGUGCUUUUGGCAGCGCUUGAGAAGUUUUUCUCGGUUUUCUUGAAGUUACCUGCUGUAAAAGAGAAGUUGGAUAGGAUUAUUUCCACUCUCUCACACAACCAACCAGCUUGUCCACAGCUAUACUUGUACAGCGGCGGUGACAGAGUUGUCCCUUGGCAGUCCAUCGAGCGUUUUAUGGCCAUGCAGAAGGCAACUGGGAGGACGGUGAUGUCUCAUGACUUCAAAACGUCUCCUCACGUGGACCAUUUUAGGACCUUCCCCGCCAUCUACGCUGCCCAACUUCAGGGCUUCCUAGAUGAGUGCAUUCCUGUUCGUCGAAAAUGAUAUUCAUGCUGCGCUGCGGUUCACAACCCUCCAUUGGAUUUUUGAUGUUCCUUCCGUUUUAUCUAGCUAGUUUCUUGCAUGUCGAAUUGCCAACCCCAUAUUUUUCAGUUCUUUCGUCUUCUUGGCCGGAUUCUUUAUGGAGAACC